CGUGGAGGGUGAAGCUGUUGGAACUCUAGGGUCCAGAUGGCGUACAGUCCAGGGGGCAGAGCGGAGGAGCUGCCACCAGCUCUGCCUGUCAAACAGCACAGGAGUCGGAGUCGCUCCAGCAACGACUCUUUCCUCCUCAGCCCUGUGGGACUCCAGCAUCAGAACUACGCCUACGACGAUGUCUUCUCUGAGCCCACUGACUGUCAUGCAGAUCAAUGCCCCAUACACCAGCGCUACGAUCCCUUUCGACACCAGGAGAGAUUUUUCUCAGACGUCCACCCCCCGCCUGUUCCAAAGAAGAGGUUAAAUCGCACCCUCUCCCUCCCUGGAACCAACGCACCCCAGCUGUGUCCCUGGAGAUAG